ACUCAGCCUCUGUACCUGGCUCAGCUGAUCUUCCUGAUGCCUCAGAGUCGCUCCACCGCCUUCAUGGAGAUGUUGGUGUUCAGUCUGUUUAACUACGGCUCCGACUGCAGAGACGCCUUCCUGCUGCUGCAGCUGUUCACCGAGGCGCUGCGAUACGAGAUCAGGCUGAAGGUGGAGCAGCCUCAGGACGUGGUCACAGGAAACCCCACUGUCAUCAAGAUGUUGGUGAACUUUUACCGUCACGCUCGCGGUCAGAACACCCUGCGGGACUCUCUGGGUCCGGCUCUGCAAGACGUCCUGCUGGACCGGACCCUCAGCAUCAGGACUGACCCGGUGGACGUCUACAAGACCUGGAUCAACCAGACCGAGACCCAGACCGGACAUAAGAGCUCUCUGCCGUACGAGGUUUCACCUGCAGACGCUCUGAGUCACCCUGAAGUCCAAAGACGCAUCGACAUCGCCAUCAUCAACCUGAAGAACCUGACGGACCGAGUCCUCAAAGCCAUCACCUCCAGCCUCCACAAACUCCCAUACGGUUUACGUUACACAGCCAAGGUUCUCAGAGACACUCUGAAGACAAAGUUCCCCGAAGCCAGCGAGGACGAGCUCUACAAGAUUGUCGGUAACCUGGUCUACUAUCGCUACAUGAACCCGGCCAUCGUGGCUCCGGACGGGUUCGACGUGGUGGACCGGUCCGCCGGCUCCACCCUGCAGCCGGAGCAGCGUCACAUCCUGGGCUCCAUCGCCCGCAUGCUGCAGCACGCCGCCGCCAACAAACACUUCCACGGAGACGGAUACCACGUCAGAGCUCUGAACCAGUACAUCAGCCAGACCCACAACAAGUUCAGGAAGUUCCUGCUGUGUGUUUGUGACGUCCCCGAACCCGAAGACAGAUUCAACAUGGACGAAUACUCGGAGCUGCUCAUCGUCAACAAGCCUGUCGUCUACAUCUCCAUCAGCGAGCUGCUCAACACACACCAGUUGUUGUUGGAGCAUCAGGAGGUUUUGUGUCCGGACCCCUCAGACCCUCUCAGGCUGCUGCUGAAGGACCUCGGAUCAGUCCCCACCCUGCAGGAACUCAUCG